AUGAAAAAUUCCCUAGCUUCCUUAACAAAAACUGAGAAGAGAGUAAAAUUUGUGCCACCUGAUGGAGGCUGGGGCUGGAUGAUAUUACUUGGUACUGGUCUUUCAAAUAUUUUCAACCAGUCUAUGCUGUCCCUAUUCAGUUUAUUGUAUGGGGAUGCAUUAGAGGCAAUGGGACAUAGGACAGCUGGGGCUGCUAUAGUAAUGAAUACUAUGUUAUGUGUAAGUAACUGUAGUGGACCAUUCGCCGGAGUCCUAGUUAAGCUAACUUCACCCAGAUUUGUAUGCGUUACUGGGUCUAUCAUUUGCACUGUUGGAAUUUUCUUAAGUGGAUUUUCUACUAAUAUUAUUCACCUUGUUAUCACUUAUGGGAUACUUUUGGGCGCUGGAUUGGGUUUUAUACAAAAUGCGUCCUUCGUAGCCAUAAAUAGUUACUUUAAAUUGAAAAAGAGUAUUGCAGUUGGCAUCGCAAUGACUGGAACGGGGAUUGGUCAGACUCUGAUGCCUCAUGUAGUCCGAUAUCUAUUGGAUAGCUACGGAUUUAGAGGUGCAUGUUUGCUGCUCUCGGCGAUGAGUUUACAUGGGAUUUGUGGUACGUUACUAAUUCAACCGGUGGAAUGGCAUAUGAAAAAGAUUGAAGAGGAAGUAGUGGUUGAUGAAAAGGUUAAUUUAUUGGAGGAAAGUAAGAAAAACGACGAAUUAAAUAAUACAGCGCGACGCGCUACUUCGCCGAUUUUGAAUGAUGACGGUAAACAGAAGCUAGUUCCUGAUUUUCAUAGUCAUAAGGAUUUAAAAUCAUUAGGAGAUAGGCCAUCAAAUGGCCAUCUUAAUGGAACCAGUAAAAGCUCACAGAACACGAAAAGCGGUUUAAGAAAAUUAUAUGAAUUAUUUGAUAUAUCUCUUUUGAAAAAUCCACGUUUCUUGAACGUUAUUAUUGGAACAGCUUUAACAUCUAUUUCAUUGCAAAACUUCAGCAUGUUGUAUCCAUUAUUUUUACAGAAUGCAGCAGGUAUGAAUAAACAAGAAACUGCCAAUUGUAUGUCGGCCGUGGCGUUUGCAGAUAUUAUUGGAAGACUUUCUAUACCGCAGCUUCAGGCUAAAUUUAACAUUUCAGCUCGAAUGACAUUGAUUAUAACCUGUAUUUGGGUAUUUAUUGUGAGACAGAUCCUGGCGUACCAAACGGAUAUAUAUGUUAUACUGGUAUUAUCCUCAAUGUAUGGUAUCGGACGGAGUAUGGUUAUUGUGGCCAGGAAUAUAACAAUUUCCGAACAAUGCCAGGUGGAACAAGUUGCUUCAGCAGUAGGUCUUGGGAUGUUAAGUAUGGGAUUGCUCACGCCACCAAUUGGAUAUUUCCUAGGAUGGGUUCGAGACUUUACAGAAGAUUAUAUCGCCUGUAUCAGUGCGCAAAACGCAAUUUUGAUACUAUUCUUAAUAAUGUGGAUACCUGAUAUGUUGCAUCAGUACUACCAGAAGAAGAAAGAGAAAGUAGACGAGACCGAAAUGACGUAA